AUGCUCUUGGUGGGGCAGACCGGACAUGGGAAGAGCGCCACCGGAAACAGCAUUCUUGGCAAGAAUGCAUUUAUAUCCAUGCACACACCGGGAUCCGUCACAGAUGACAUUAAACGAGACGUCGCUUUGAGGAAGGGGCGUCGCAUAGAAAUUGUAGAUAGCCCUGGUUUUGCUGAUACAUCAAAGAGCACAGAGUUUCUACAAAAGAAACUUUUGCAGGCUGUCUUCCAGACAAUGCCUGGCUUUAAUGCGAUUGUAUUCAUAUUGAAUCCAGAAAGGUUCACAGAUGAACUGGUGAAAACCGUGAAUCUGUUCUUUGAAUUCUUUGGAGAAGGUGUUGACAAAUUUGCUUUCAUUCUCUUCACACACACAACAUCAAAGGAAAGAAUGAAUGAAUAUAUCUAUAAUGCUUCUGCAAAGCCAACGGGCAAUGUGCAGGUCCUUCUGGACUUAAUCGAACGGUGUAGAAGUAAGGUUAUGUACAUCGCCAACGACAAAAAGGAGGAAAAGAAGCAAGUGAUGGUUGAUGAAAUUAUUCGUACUAUUGAUGAAAACAUAGAGCGUGAAGGACAGAAAUAUUUCACCAAUGAAAUGUUUAAAAUGGUCAUGAACGAAGCCGACAGGUACAUGAAAGAUCAUCAUCCGAGAACACCAUUUGAGAGAAAUUAUGCAAAUGAUAUGGUAGAGAUGAGAAUUAAAACUAAACCAGAAGAUAAAGGCACCGAGACAGCUAAGAAUAAAAAGGAUUUUGCAAAGCAACAUAGAAUAUCAAUAGGGCGAGACGCAUUUGAAGAGCGCAGGAGAUUUUUCGAAUUUGAAAGUAGUUCAAUUCACACUAAUAAAUUUCAGAUGACCUCUGAGUGCACACAGAGGCUUGCACAUAAGCGUGUGAAUGCAACACAACACAAUCAUAUUCACAAACCGACAUGCAUAACAGUAGCACCAUAUGAAAGUGAUCUUGAAAAAACUUAUAUUUCUGGAAAUUUUGCUGAAUCAGUACUUACAAGUCCUCGUUCAAUAGAGAUUCAUGAAGAUACUUAUAAUGCAUUACAUGAUGUUAAGCAACAGGUAGACUUCGAUAAUCAAUCUGUGAGGGAAAGUGACGAAGACAGGCUAGAACCAAGCAGAAAAUACGACCAAUUUAAAAUCAAAGUCAUCAACGAUAAGAAUUUCUUCGAAACAUUUUUUGAAGCCUUAAGAAAGUGGUUUAAUACCCAUUUUAAAACAAUGAACAAAGUUUUCCCGAUGUCUAAAGAUAUGUAA